GGAAGUCUCUCAUUGGGUCCGCCAAACAUCACGUGCUCUUCUGAGGGGUGAGGUGGGGUUUCCCAGUGAGGAGUGCCCAGAGGCGUCCAAGAUAGCAGAAGUGACCGGAAGCUCAGAUUUGUUUCGCACUAGUGUUAGUCACAGCCCUCUAAGGCUGAGGGACCUGGAUGUUGCCCCAUUGAAAAUGUCCAGACUUUCUCCCCACAGAAGCAAACAAGAGAAAGUCAGAGCCAUUGGCCUUCUUGCCAGGAGCCUCAGUGAACGGCUAGAAAAUGAGACCAAAAGGCUGAGGGCCAAAAACAGGCCACUUGAAUCUUCAGGGGACCAAGGGUGGCCAACGCGACCCCCAUCUCUGUCAGAGGGACCUUCUGCCACCUCAAAGCCUGAGGCUCCACCUGCAGCAUGUGAAAAUACCUUUUGGGAGCCCAACUAUUUCCGUAGUCCAUCACUGCAUGCUCAGGAGAACUCUCUCCUUCCAGAAGGAGCAGCAGCAACCCAGGCUGCCAUGGAGAGGAUCUGGGCCUUCUUGUCCAUUGCCAGAGUUCACGGUGAGGGACCGCAGUGGGAUCUUUACUCUGAGGUGGAAGAGCAACAUGCAGCCAGUGCAAAAAACAUCAAGGAAAGGUGGAAAGGUUUUCUUGCAAGUAGGGAACCUCAAAGAGGACCCUCCCCUGAGACGCCAGGCGCCUCACCUGCCACACCACAUCUGCAGUUCCUCACCCGAAGGCCACAAACCAGCCCCUUGAUGGAAACCUGCAUUGCCCCCCACCAGAAUUUCAGAAUGGAAGACCCCAGGGAGAAGCCCUAUCAUGGGAAGAUUCAGGGGCUCCAGCCUAAGGCAUCUGCUGGCAGCUUUCCCCCCCAGGGGCACCAGGUCUCUGGCCUAAGGUCCCCUCCCACCAACCAGCUCCUUGGCAGAACCAUCCCUGCAAAAGAAUCCGGCGAAAUGAGUGAGACAACGGAUCCCACCAGCCAGGAUGCUGGAGAACCAGCCUGUUUUGAAAGCGCUCUUGUGCUGGGGAAGGAGGAGGAGGAGGGGGGCAAGAAGGAGACCUCUGGUCCAGGAUCCUUCAGUGCAGCAUCUUCAGGAAGUUCAGGAGGCAGAAGCAGCCAACGACGACUCCAGGAUGAGGCUUACAACACCCUUGGCAAUAAGUGUGGGAAAGUGUUGUCACACAGGGAUCAAGUGAUGGCAGCAGCAUCCCCUGGUUGGAAGCCACAGCUGGGGUGUCAAGAGGCUGAGCAUCUUAAUUCUUCCAGGGAAGGAUCUGCAGGUCCCAUCCUAGAGCCUGGUGGCUUGGAGAUCACAGGUCAUGUGGAAAAUGAGGAAGAGCAUUGCAUGGAGAACGUUUGCCUGACAGAGAAUCCCAAAGAAGAUAACAAUCCUUGUAGUUCCGCCUCCGACAGGAGUCCAGGGAGUUUGUCUUCUGCGACAUCCUCUGCCAAAUCAUUUGGCUUUUCUCAAAUGCUGGAGAGUCCCAGGUCUCGUUCUGAAUUUCUUAAGGCCCGUGCGGUUCUAGUCAAUAUCUCCAGAAGCUCCCUUUCUGCCUCCGAUUUCGAAGAGGAAGAUUCCUCUCAAGACACGGAUGUGAGCCUGCCAGAGGAAUUUGCCUUCCAGGAACAGCCCCCUGACAGUUGUAGUGGCAACAGGAUUCCUACAAUCUCUGCUGUGUCACAGGCAGAAACUGGUGUGGAUGGAGAGUUGCUGUCAUCUGGCAGCAGACACCACUUCCGAGCUGCUUCUUGGAGUGCCCAUUCAAAUCAAGAUGGCAUGCCACCUAUGAGCAGCCAGGAAAAGGCCCCAGAAGGCAGGCCAGAGAGUGAAUCUGAUUCUGUGGUAUUAUCAAACAGUGGAGGGCCAAGACCCCUUCUCUUUCAAGCCCAGACACCAGAGACCAGAGAAGAGGCAAACUCUUCCAGUGUUUCAGACCAGUGGCCUCAUGCAAACAGCAAGGGCAAGAUGUUGUUUCAUAUAUGGGCUGGGGCAGAGAAGAGCACUUCCUCACCUAGCUGUGCCUUUCAGCAUCCUGAGGGUCAGGACCCUUUAUCAACCCUCAGCAAAGCCGAAGGGGAUGGUGAAGAUCGAAACACAUCCAAAUUUAAAAGCCAACAUGGGCCUGUAAGAGAAGCACCUAAAGUGUCUUUGAAAAGUGUGAAUCCUAUCACUGACCAGCUCCAGGAUUCAUGUGGUUCCUCCAAAUCCCAGUCCGUUUUGGAGAGUGCCAAUAGUUAUACAGAAAAUUCAGGUGAUGAAAGUUGCUCCAGCAACAGCAGGCCGUGUGAAGGUGCUACUGCACAGAUCACUGGAGUAUCUCUGGGUGAUGAAGAGGAUAGCACCUGUUUGCAUUCCCCUGAACCCACAGAUCUGGCAUCAGAAGGAAAUCAAAAUGCAAUACGUAGUCAAAGCAAAAAGGAAUCUGGGGUGGCAGUGCCUGGUUCUAGUUCCCCCAAACCUGUGGAGGAACCCCAAGUUAAGAGCUGCCUUUUGCAAAGCGACGAAGGGACUUUCAGCGAUGAGCUUCUGUCUCAAAUGAAGGAAGAUCUGUUAUCACCUGUUGACGAUUUUCUGACAUAUGGAAGCAAUGAUAUGCCAUCUCUGACUGAACAAGAUGUCUCCUUUUCCUCCCAAGACGAGGAUCUUCCCGCACCCCCUGAGUCUCCACCAGAGCAACUUCUGUUCCCUACAUGAAAUACCUCCAUGGAAACAAAUGACCUGUCCUCAUCUGAAGUGUGUAGGCCAGAGGAGGUUCAUAGAAUCAUAGAACUGUAGAGUUGGAAGGGAUCCCAAAGGGCCACCUGAUCUGAUUCCUGAAAUACAGGAAUCACAGCUAAAGAAUCGUACAGCAUCUACAGUUGUUAAGGUGGGCAGGGGGGAAAUAUCAUUAAGUGGUCCAUCAAGACCCUUAGCAAUUUUCAAGUGCUUUGUUGGUGUGGGGAAAAGUUUGACCCAUAUGUUUUUCUUUUUCUUUUUAGGAAUGGCAUAAUCAAAAGCCAGGGUGGCAUUUUAGGGGGGCGAUUUAUAGUUUUAAAAAAUUAACGAAGAGGAUAUAAAGGACCCAUCUCGAGCAAGUGGUGCAAUUGGAGAGCGGCCCUUUAGAACAGAUUAAUCAGGAAGCUGAGCCAGGGAAGGAGUUAGCUAUAAAAUAACGGAUUGGAGAGUCAAAAUGGGGCUUGCGGAACACGGGAGACAUAUUAAACUCCCUUUACCAUUAUGUGCCCAGCACUCUCCAGGCUGACAGCCAGAUAUAUCGUUACCAGCGAGGCCUCCGUCUCGUGAUUCUCCUUCUUUCAAGGUCUAAUAUUUUCUUUGCCGUGCCUUUGAUCAAUAUUAACCUCUUGGGUCAAUAAAUCUUAGUAGCGGCCUCCAGAGGAGUCAUUAGCUUUCAUAGGAAAUGAUUAUUUCUCCGUUAAACUCUGCAUUUCAUUUGCCCACCAUCCAUCUUUUUCAGACACUGACGCACGCAGCAAUCCUUCCUGAAAACAAGGGCCUCUAUGAGGUAUAAACAGCGUCCUGUUCUCCAUCCCUUGAAAUGCUUUGGGUUCAUUUAAAUUCUGUUCAGGGACCACAAAGUGGUUUCCUGCACUGAGAACAGUUUUAAAAAGAAGCAGCGGCUCACAUGGAAGCAGAGAAAUCUCUUGGUUAAAACUUGAAAUGAAAAAGGGUUCCACACCAGACAUUUGAGUCAGGAUUCCCUCAAGGAAUCCUGGGAACUGUAGUUUAAGGGUGCUGAGAAUUGUUGGGAGGCCCCUAUUUCCUUCACAGAGCUACAGUAUUCUCAGAGUGGCUUAAUAAUUAUAGAAUUGUAGGGUUGGAAGAGAGCCCAAUGGUCACCUAGUCCAACUCCCUGCAAUAUUGCAAUCCCAGCUAAAGAAUCCCUGAUAAGUGGCCAUCCAACCUCUGCUUAAAAAGCUUCAACAAAGAAGAGUCCAUCACCUUCUGAGGCAGUCCUUUCCACUGUCAAUCAAUCCCUCUUCCUGGGGUCGUGUGAAAUUGUAGCUCUGUGAGGGGGGAAACUACAGUUCCCAUGAUUCUUUGGAGGAAGUCAUGCAUUUUGAAUGUGUGUUUAAAUGUAUGAUGUGGUGCUUCACAUCAUAAUAGAGAGUUGGAAGAGCCCUGAGGGUCAUCUAGUUCAACCCCCUGCAAUGCAGAAAUCUCAAGCAUUCAUGGCAGAUGGCCACCCAACCUCUGCUUAAAAACCUCCAACAAAUGGGAGUCCUAUCCACCUUCUGAGGGAGUUCAUUCCAUUGUCAGAUUUUCUCUCUCUUUAAAAUGGUUAUUAAUUUUAAAAUGCUUUUAUCAUAUAGUUUUUAUCUUUUUUAAGGUUUUAAACUUCUUUGAUAUGUUUGGUAA